GUUGUUGUUGCUUUUAGUUGUGUUGUCAAUGUUCUUGUGUUUUGUUUUAAUUACAAUCGGUUAACCGUUUAUAUGAGAUGUUGCGAAUUCGAGCUGCUCAGUUGGUGCGUGGCGUUGCGACAGUUUGUUAGUGGCUCAUUGCCUUCGCUGCUUUGCCGAAGACAUGAAUAUUUAAUGCACGGAAAUUGAAAUGUAUUCAACAUACGAACACACAUGCGGGAAUAAAUUGCUUGCUUCGUGAGUCGUGUCGUAGUGUGGGCAUGAAAAAGAAAAGGAAAAAAUGUAUUUAUUAAUUGUUAAUAUGCAAACAAAGUGUUGAGCGAACAAGAAUCUGUGAAAACUAAAAGAAAAUAACAAACAUCUGUGCAAAAAAUAAAUAUUUCGCGUUGUGCGUAGCAGCAGCGAGAGAACUUAAGCGUAACAAUAAAUAAAGUAAGCAGCGAGCAUUAGCUGAGCAACGAAAAACGUGUUCCGAGCUCAAGCGUAAGCGGGCUGGUGGCAGGCGGUGGCUGCGGCAGCAUAAGAUCAAUAAAAUUCAGCACCGGUGGAGGCAGCACGUCACAAGCGCAUACAAAUCUGCUUGAAGAAACGCUCGACCAACGAGAAAUCGGAAGUCAUUAAACACUUAAAAAUUCCCCGCAGAAUGACUGCCGUCACUAUGGAUGUGAAUAAACUGCCACACUCUCAGGACGGCAUUGAGGUGCAGAUGGAUAGUUUAGACUCGAGUCAUGCUUUCACGAACUCGCUCGAGGAGCCCAUUCCGCCCAAAUCCAACGUGUUCAAGUCGAAAAUUUUCAUCGUUGCCGUUACCUUUUCUAGUGUACUUUUUACCAUCAUGUGCAUCGGUUUUUUGGUACACUAUGAAAUGGCCAGUGAGGUCUAUGCUGGCGAAGACAUACCCUUCUGGAAUGUGCAGUUGCCGCCGGAGCAAAAAGUGUGGUAUGAGAAGGGCAUUGAGGAGCUAAAGAAUGCGCUGAGUCGUGAAAUCAAUCGGCGCCGCGCGAAGAAUGUUAUACUCUUCGUGGGCGACGGCAUGGGUCCGAAUACUGUGACAGCGACACGUAUUUAUGGUUUCAAAGAGGAGGGUUUACUUAGUUGGGAGCGCUUUCCGCACAUGGGUUUGCUAAAGACAUAUUGCGCCGACAAGCAGGUGCCUGAUUCGUUUUCUACUGCCACGGCGCUUUUUGGUGGUGUUAAGGUCAAUUAUGAAACGGGUGGUGUUGAUUCGAGCGUCUUGCUUAAAAACUGCAGCGCUUCGCUGGAUACUUCGCAUCAUGUGCAGACAAUACUAAAGUGGGCUCAGCUGGAUGGCAUGAAUACGGGUUUUGUGACGACGACUCGCGUAACACACGCAACGCCAGCCGCUUUGUACGCGCAUACAUCCGAUCGCCGUUGGGAGUGUGAGGCUAAGAUGUCAGCGGAGGCGCAACAAGAGGGUUGCAAGGACAUAGCCAGGCAGAUGGUGGAGGAUGAAACGGGUCGAAAAAUAAAUGUGAUUAUGGGCGGUGGACGUCAAAUGUUAGUUUCCGGCGUGACGGACAACCCAGCCGAUCCGAUCGACACUUGGGGCUGCAUAUCAAAGGACGGACGCGAUUUAGUGACCGACUGGAAGACCUACAAACAACAGGCUGGUGAACGCUACGCAGUUGUGCAAAACAAUGGCGAACUUAAUGCAUUAAACGGUGACUCCGUGGACUAUGUUUUGGGCAUUUUCGCAAAUGGGCACUUGAAGUAUGACCACGAGCGCGAUCGCAGCGACGCGGGUAUGCCAUCGUUGCGCAACAUGACUGUGAAAGCGUUGGAGGUGUUGAAGAGUAAAGACAAGGGAUUUCUGCUAGUAGUGGAGGGUGGCAUGAUUGAUCAAGCACAUCAUCGCGGUACAGCUAGACGUGCGCUCUCUGAGGCGCUGGCGCUGAAUGAGGCAGUCGAUGCAGCGGUGCAAGAGAUGAGUGACCAGUUGGACGAAACUUUGAUCAUCGUAACCGCUGAUCAUUCGCACAGCUUAACUAUAAACGGUCAUCCAGAAAGGGGAGCUGACAUACUCGGCGUUGCUUCAACCUCCAAGACGGAAGGCACACCAUAUACAACACUCACUUAUGGCACCAGUUAUAAAGGUUUCCAAGCCGAUGCUAAUGGUAAUCGCGUUGAUCCUACCACUCAGGACACUACCGCUUGGGAAUAUACACAACAGGCGGCUAUAAAUACCGAUGAAAAUUUGCAUGGUGGCUCCGACGUCACAAUACAUGCUAAAGGCGCCAUGGCCUACUUGUUCCACGGUGUACACGAACAAAGCUAUGUGGCACAUGUGAUUUCGUAUGCACUUCGUAUCGGCCGCUUUCGUGAUAGCACUAUUACGGAAUCGUUGGCGGAACUAAUGCCGUUAUAGUAUAAAAUUAAAUUGGCAUAAUUAUUGGAUGGUGCUACGCAUAUACAAAUUUAUAUCGGCAUACAAAUAAAGGACGUUACACACACUAAUUAUUUCUAAAAUUUCGUUAACCUACAGUUGAAACUUUAAUGCGAAAAUAGAAAAUUAAUUGCGUGUAAGUGUGCGAGUUGUUCGUUAUAGAUAAGAAAAUUUGUAAACUAGAUUAAUCGAUUAUUUAUUAAUUGUGAUAUUGUAUGCUAUUGUUAUUUUAAGUUAAAACAGAAAUAAAACUGACGAAAAUAUUAGAAAGGUAAAAUAAAAAUGUAAAAUAUGGUA